AUGAUGUUCCCCGGGCUCCUCGCGGCCCCUGCGGGUUAUCCGAGUCUCCUCCGGCCCACGCCCACGUUGACACUGCCCCAGUCCCUUCAGUCAGCCUUCUCCGGCCACUCUAGCUUCCUGGUGGAGGAUCUGAUUCGCAUCAGCCGGCCCCCAGCCUACCUGCCCCGCAACUUGCCCCCCGCCAGCAUGUCGCCGCCCAGACCGGGGGCGCCCACCGCUGUCACCGACUCUGGGACCUCGGACCUGGGUUCCCCGGGUCCAGGAAACCGGCGGGGCAGCUCUCCGCAGACGGCCCUCUCCCCUGCCAGCGAGCCCACGUUUCUGAAGUUUGGGGUGAAUGCUAUCCUCUCCUCAGCUCCCAGAACAGAAACAUCUCCAGGCUUGCUCCAGAGCCCUCCACCCAAAACCUUCGCGUUUCCUUAUUUCGAAGGCUCCUUCCAACCCUUCAUCAGAUCUUCCUAUUUCCCAGCUUCCUCCAGUGUCGUGCCCAUCCCGGGGACCUUCUCCUGGCCGCUGGCCGCCCGCGGCAAGCCCCGCCGGGGCAUGCUGCGCAGAGCCGUGUUCUCCGACGUGCAGCGCAAGGCGCUGGAGAAGAUGUUCCAGAAGCAGAAGUACAUCAGCAAGCCCGACCGCAAGAAACUGGCGGCCAAGUUGGGCUUGAAAGACUCCCAGGUGAAAAUCUGGUUUCAGAAUCGGCGAAUGAAAUGGCGCAACUCCAAGGAGCGCGAACUGCUGUCCAGCGGGGGCUGCCGUGAGCAGACCCUACCCACCAAACUCAACCCGCACCCCGACCUGAGCGACGUGGGGCAGAAGGGCCCGGGGGACGACGAGGAAGACGAGCGCCGGGGCAGCCACCCCCACCGCCUGGCCUACCACGCGCCCCCGAACCCCGGGCACCCGCCGCUGCCCGCCUCCCCCGCGCGCUCCGGCAGCCCCAGCAAACCUUCGGACUUCUCCGACUCCGAGGAAGACGAGGAGGGCGAGGAGGAAGAGGAAAUCACUGUGUCCUAG